ACCUCCUGAGCUGGGCACGAUGUCAGAAAUACCUUCAGUCCAUCAUUGCCCUGCUCCGAGCCUGGAGAACAGCCGGAGAACCUUCUGUUUCUAGAGGAUGACACUUGAGAAGUCAGUGGCGGAUUGAGGAGGACUUCAGGGAAGGUUGAAAAAAAAAGUGCAGGAAUGGAGCAGUGAGAAGGAAAUUUAACUGGAGUUGUAAAGAAAGGAAGAAAAGGGGGAUUUGGGGAGAAUGCGCGCGGAGCUGAAGCGGGUGGAUUACACACCAGAAGUCCGUGUUGGUUUCUCUCUGUCUCUGGGGGAAGACAUUUGAGAAGCGCGUUUUGGAGGACACACACACACACACACACACACACACCGCCUCGCUUCCACAGCGCAGAAGUUUGCAGCUUUGCAAAGGAUUGAUGCACACCUUGCCAGCAGUUUUUAACACUGGAUCUUCUUUGCUUGAUGCUUUUAUUACUACUGAUUAACACACCAGGUAUUUAUCAGCUUGAAUAUGCGGCAAACUUUCAUUCACACUCAUGCAAACUUGCUGGAAGUCUCAUGACAGCUUUUUCUGACCCACUGGAUACUUGUGGAUGUAUUGGUGUGGAUUUACUGCCAGUGUGUUUACGGAUCUAGUCAUUUUUGGCCUCUCCGACAAAUGACCGACACAUCUGUAAAGCUCUCUCUCACUGUCCUUACUCAUCCUUCAUCUUUUUACCAAAUUAUUUCCGCUUCCAUAAAGCCGUAACAGCGGCAGCAUGCAAACCGCGGGGUUCCCGAUGGCCCUCGCGGUGCUUUUGACCGUGUUAGCGGUGAUGGACGUGAAGGCGAGCGGGGAGUACUGCCACGGCUGGCGGGAUCCGCAGGGCGCGUGGCGGGACGGUUUCCAGUGUCCUGAGCGCUACGACGCCGCCGAGGCGAUCAUCUGCUGCGGCAAGUGCGAGCUGCGUUACUGCUGCUCCAGCACCGAGGCCAGGCUCGACCAGGGCACCUGUGACAACGACAAGCGGGGCAAAGAGGAGCCGGGUGCGGGCCACGAGGAGGGCAAAAACUCCGGGGCAGUGCCCAUCUAUGUGCCUUUCCUGAUCGUGGGGUCGGUCUUCGUGGCAUUCGUCUUGCUCGGCUCAGUGGUCGCUGUGUGCUGCUGUCGUUGCCUCCGACCCAAACAAGAACCUGCCUCGGGGGGUGGGCGUCUCCUGGAGUCCAUCCCCAUGAUGACCUCAAGGGGCUCCUCCUCCCGUCAAUCGAGCACAGCCACCUCAUCCAGCUCUUCAGCCCCACCCGCUGCCACUCGCCCAAUCCCUGGCCCUGCUCCCGCCCCCAUUUUGCGCACCCAGGCCUCGUGCUGCCUGCCACCAGAUGCCAGCGUCUACGUCAACAUGCCCACCAACUUCUCUGUGUUGAACUGCCAGCAAGCGACGCAGAUCAUGCCCCACCAGGGUCAGUUCCUGCAUCCUCAAUACAUCGGUUAUGCCCACCCAGUCUCGCCCACCCCGGCCUUCCUGGACCCUACUCAGGGUGCCUACAGGGCACUGCAUUCUCCAUUUCCUCCACCCACAAGUCUGACAAGCGUGACAAGUGUGACAAGUGUGAGUGGUGACCAGAAGCAGCCGUCUGUGACUAUAUGAGAGGCUCUUUGUGUGUGUGUGUGUCACACGAUGGAGGAGCAGAAGUAAAGUCACGAGGACCCUGAAUCCUGGGUCAGUUCAGGGCCAGGAGCAGUGUUGUGUGUGUCAUGUGUGCUGCAGACAGUGCGGGUGCUGUUUUUGUGUUGAGAAGACAGCCAUGCGCUCUGCACGCUCCUAUCAUUAGCACACAUCAUGGAGAAAGGGGACCCUGUGCAAAUGCUGCCUCCUUAGGUGCCUGUCCCAUUUCCUAAAAAGUUUUCCCUCCAGGCAUCUCUACCUAAGGUGGUGCAACACGCCCCCCCACAACCUUAGAUUCAGUUUCUUGCAGUACAGAUAUACAUAUUAGAUCUCGUUUAUUAGGCGACUACUGAAGCCACUACUCCAGCGGCACCUACUCCCCAGAAGAAAGCGCCCCAUUUACCCCGACUUGCCUUCAUUUUUUAUGAUUUUUAAUUUUUCAAAGAUAUGUGUUUCUUUUUUUUUAAAUAAUUGAAGGUGUUUUUUUUCUGCAGAGAACACCUGAUUAAUUCUAAUAUAAUGUAUUAUUUUUUGGUUUGAGAAUUUAAAUAAAAAAAACCCAAAGUUGUAACAUCUCA